ACAACCAACUCAAGAUUAAUUCCUUAAUAAUUAUGAAGGUGGCAUUGUUGAUGGUUUAUUGUGUUUUAACAAUAAGUUUCAGUUUUGAAAUUGAUUGGGUGGAUGGAAGUGGAAGUGGAUCCCCAUUAGUGUCAUGUUAUUUCGUUUUUGGAGAUUCUUUGGUUGACAAUGGAAACAAUAACAACAACAGGGGAGUUGCUCGAGCUGAUUACAGGCCCUAUGGAAUUGACUUUUCCAAGCAAAUGAUGCCCACCGGAAGGUUCUCCAAUGGCCGAAAUAUCGCAGAUUUCAUCGGUGAAUUUUUGGGUUUUGAGAAUUACAUCCCACCAUUUAAGAAUACAACAGGUUGGGACAUUCUCAAAGGCGUAAAUUAUGCAUCUGGAGCUGCAGGAAUUCGCAAGGAAAGUGGAAGAACACAGGGCGAAAGAACAAGCUUCGAUGAACAAUUGAUACAGCAUAAUCAUACCAUUUCAAGAAUCCAUAACAUAUUGGGAAACAACAACAGCGCUACCAUGGCACAUCUUGAAAGAUGCUUGUAUGUGGUUAAUAUUGGAGGCAAUGAUUAUCUUAACAAUUAUUUUAUGCCACUUUCCUACAAUACAAGUCUCCAAUUUUCUCCACAACAAUAUGCCAUUGCUCUAAACAAACAAUUCUCCCACCAAUUGAAGACUCUGUAUGGGCAGGGAGCUAGAAAGUUAGCCAUUUUUGGAGCGGCAUUGGCAGGAUGUAGUCCAUAUGCAAGGGCUACCUUCGACCACAAAGACUCUCCAUGUGUUGAUCACAUCAACAAUGCCAUUCAACUUUUUAAUAUUGGCCUCAAGUCGAGUAUUAACGAUCUUAAUACCGACUUCACCGAUGCCAAAUUUAUCUUCAUCGACGUCUACAACAUUGCGAGACACGAUACUCCAAACCAAGGCAAAGUGAAUACAAUUACUCCUUGUUGUGAAGUUGGAGCUGAUGGGCUGCAAUGUGUUCCUCUUGGAAAAGUAUGCAGCAAUAGGAGUGAAUAUUUAUUUUGGGAUGGAGUUCAUCCAACUGAGAUUAGAAUGAAGAAUUUAGCGAGCAGAGCCUUUAAUGCCCAACAUUCUAAUGAUACUUACCCCUUUGAUAUUAAUCAUCUUGUUCAAUUCCAGCCAACUUCUACUCUAUAAUAACACGGACCAUAUGCAAGUUUUGAUUUAAGCUUCUUCGUAGGCUUAUUAAACUUAGGCAUUCCUAAGGUGUUAGGGCAGUGGAAAGAGGCCUGAAUGUUGACACGCAAGAUUCACUCAUAGUCAGAUAUAUUAUAUUAAUAUUCAUGAGAUUCCAUCUCAAAACUAAUUGACAAUGAGAGAAGUAGUCCAUGUCUAUAAUAAACGCUUGUU